AUGACCUUGCACCAUGACUAUCACAUUACAGAAGAACAGUUGGAACGCAUACUAGCUGUCAUUCAGGGAACCAACUUGCGAGCUUUGUUGGAGUAUUCAAGGAUAGAUUUGAAAAGCCAAGAGGCAUAUGAAUUGGCUGCUAAAGGGUUACUCCGUCCCAUUGAGAAAACAUCUCCUGUAAUCACAGGAGUUCGUUGUCUUCACUUUGCUCCUCCUGAUUUUAUGAUUGAAAUCCAAUGUUUGCAUGAAACCCAGCAGUACCUUCGACAAGUCAUUCACAAGAUCGGCUUGGCACUGAAGUCUACCGCUGUAUGUACUCAUGUAAGAAGGAUUCGAGAUGGUUUCUUUACUUUAGAUGAUGCCCUAAUUAGAACACAAUGGGACCUUGAAAACAUCAGGGCUGCUAUCCAGAGUGCCCAAUCCAAAGUGAAACUGCUGGAAGCCAACAUGGCACCUUUGAGAGAGUCUGUAACAACAAUAGAGACAGAGGCCAAGACUUAACCUUGUAAUGAUAGGCACACAGGAUUUGCUAAUUCCUCUGCUCUACUUUUUAUGACCAGAGUUUUGAUCAAUAAGAAACAUGCUAACAGGACAGACGCACUGUUCACUUUUUAAGUUUUAAACAGUGAGUACCCUAGACUGGAAAAAGGCAUGUAGAGCAAUCAUUGUGAUGUGACCAAGUUGUAUGGCAGCUUGAGUGGUAUGAUAUCAGAUGUAUGCUGUGGCUGAUAAAGAUGUGUAACUGUAGAUAUGCACACAUGGAGAGUCCACUUAAAUGGCCUUUGUCAUGGAAUAAUUAAAAUUGCUGUACAGCCUUAUCAGCUGUAAUUGAGGAGCUUA